AAACCACUUUUUUUACUAAACUUCUCUUACCUUUGGCUUAAAUAUUCUUCUCUUGUAUGUUACUAUGACAUCUUGUCAUAGAGCUUGCGGGAAAGGUAAUUCACUGUACUUGUGCAUGUGACAUCAACUUGUAACGUGAAACUUGUCAAUGUAUCUUUAUUUGUGUAAAUUGUGUCUUUUGUCGUUAUUGCGGCAGGUAGCCUAGUAGUUAGAUCGUUGGACUAUUAACCGAAAGGUUGCUAGAUCGAAUCCUCCGAGCUGACAAGGUGACCUUAGUGUACCAUUAUGUGGCUCUGGGCACUGCUUCCGAUCUGUUUGGCGGUGUUUGGCACUGUGGGCAUAUGGGUGGUGUUUGGUAUCGCUGUAUCGAAUGAGACUGUUAACAUCACAGGUAGAUUCCCUUACAUCAGUGAGUGUGGCACCUAUAAUCCACAGAGCUGCAUCUUUGCUCAGAUCUGCAACGUCUGUGCUGUCUUGGCCCUGUGGGUUGUGGUGAUCCGGUUUCAGCAGAUCAGGGACUAUGGUCAGAACAGCAAGGUGAACAUCGCCAGUAUCGUACUGGGCUUCAUCUCCUGUGUGGGCAUCUCCCUCAUCGGAAACUUCCAGCAAUCUGUAGUGAUGGGGAUCCACUUGUUGGGAGCGUUCUUGGCGUUCUUCGUGGGCCUGGCCUACUUCUGGCUGCAGGUGUGGCUCUGCUACAAAGCCCAUCCCUUGAAAGACCGUCACUGGGUUGGACCUCUUCGAGCUACAUUCUGUAGCAUCUGCACCGUCCUGGUCAUCACCAUGGCUAUACUUCAUAAUACCGGCUACAAAUCUGGAGCGGCCAUUUGUGAGUGGGCCUUGGUCAUGUCCUUCUUUGUCCUUUUUGGCCUCUUUGGGUCCGAGUUCCGUCACAUCGACUUCCACCAGCUCACCGUGCAGAAACAACGUCUGAAGACUCAGAGCACCAACGGAGUGGUCAGAAUGAAUGAUGUUUCAUAGUACAGCCAAUGAGGCAGGUAGCCUAGUGGUUAGAGUGUUGGACUAGUAACCGAAAGGUUUCAAAAUUGAAUCCCCGAGCUGACAAGGUAAAAAAAAAUCUGUCGUUCUGCCCCUGAACAACCCACUGUUCUUAGGCCGUCAAUGAAAAUAAGAAUUUGUUCUUAACUGACUUGCCUAUAAAGGUUAAAAAAUAAAUACAAAUGAGACUGUGACCAUGCAUUGAUACACUGUUCAUAGCUUAACAUCUAAAGACACACACACACAGGGUUAUUUUGACUAGCUAGUUGGGUUGCGUGAAUAACCCAACUGACUGUUAAAUACACUACCAAUGGUUAAAUUAACCCAUGUUUGGGUAUUCCAAACAAACAACAUGUUGGGUUGUUUGGAAUACCCAAACAUGGGUUAAUUUAACCAUUGGUAGUUUUUCAACCGUCAGUAUGGUUGACCCAGCAGCUGGGGCUUUUUUUAAUGUAACCCAGGUUAUUUUCAUGAGGCGUGGCCUAUUAGGGGCGUGGCUUUCAGAUAAGAUUUUCUCCCUUUUGGCUUUAUUUUUGUACCAACAGAAAUGAUUUAAAUGAGCACAUCAAGACAUGAACACUGUAAACAUAUCUACACUAUUUAUGUAGAAGAAGAUAUGAUACAGGAAUGGAAACUUUAUCAAGUCAUGAGGGUUUACAUAAGUGUCUGAUGAGGGUUUACGUAACUGUAAGUGUUUUUAAUUUAUUCUGCUGAUGUUAAAUAAAAUGUGACUUUAAACAUA